GGCGGGCGAGGCUGGCAGGCGGUACCCGCAGCGCUGGGAGAGCGGCGCCGCGGGGUGGGCGCUCCCGGCGAGAGGUGUCCGCUCCAUGCGUGCGGGCCGAGUCCGGCCCCUGCGAGCUGCCGACAUGAAGAAAGACGUGCGGAUCCUGCUGGUGGGAGAACCUAGAGUUGGGAAGACAUCACUGAUUAUGUCUCUGGUCAGUGAAGAAUUCCCAGAAGAGGUUCCUCCCCGGGCAGAAGAAAUUACCAUUCCAGCUGAUGUCACCCCUGAGAGAGUUCCAACACACAUCGUAGAUUACUCAGAAGCAGAACAGAGUGAUGAACAGCUUCAUCAAGAGAUAUCACAGGCUAAUGUCAUCUGCAUAGUUUAUGCUGUUAACAACAAGCAUUCUAUCGAUAAGGUAACAAGUCGAUGGAUUCCUCUCAUAAAUGAAAGAACGGACAAAGACAGCAGACUGCCUUUGAUUUUGGUUGGGAACAAAUCUGAUCUGGUAGAAUACAGUAGUAUGGAGACCAUCCUUCCCAUUAUGAACCAGUACACAGAAAUUGAAACCUGUGUGGAGUGUUCAGCAAAAAACCUGAAGAACAUAUCAGAGCUCUUUUAUUAUGCGCAGAAAGCUGUUCUUCAUCCUACAGGGCCCCUGUACUGCCCAGAGGAGAAGGAGAUGAAACCAGCCUGUAUAAAAGCCCUUACCCGCAUAUUUAAAAUAUCUGAUCAAGAUAAUGAUGGUACUCUCAAUGAUGCCGAACUCAACUUCUUCCAGAGAAUUUGUUUCAAUACUCCAUUAGCUCCCCAGGCUCUGGAAGAUGUCAAGAAUGUAGUCCGAAAACAUAUAAGUGAUGGUGUGGCUGAUAGUGGAUUGACAUUGAAAGGUUUUCUUUUUUUACAUACACUUUUUAUCCAGAGAGGGAGACAUGAAACUACUUGGACUGUGCUUCGACGAUUUGGUUAUGACGAUGAUCUGGAUUUGACACCCGAGUAUUUAUUCCCCUUGCUAAAAAUACCUCCUGAUUGUACUACUGAAUUAAAUCAUCAUGCAUAUUUGUUUCUGCAGAGCACCUUUGACAAGCACGAUUUGGAUAGAGACUGUGCUUUGUCACCUGAUGAGCUUAAAGAUUUGUUUAAAGUUUUCCCUUACAUACCGUGGGGGCCAGAUGUGAAUAACACAGUUUGUACAAAUGAAAGAGGCUGGAUAACUUACCAGGGAUUUCUUUCCCAGUGGACGCUCACGACCUACUUAGACGUCCAGCGAUGCCUGGAGUAUUUGGGCUAUCUAGGCUAUUCUAUAUUGACAGAGCAAGAGUCUCAGGCUUCUGCCAUUACAGUAACAAGAGAUAAAAAGAUAGACCUUCAGAAAAAACAGACUCAAAGAAAUGUGUUCAGAUGUAAUGUAAUUGGGAUGAAAAACUGUGGGAAGAGUGGCGUUCUUCAGGCUCUUCUUGGAAGAAACUUAAUGAGGCAGAAGAAGAUUCGCGAUGAUCAUAAGUCCUACUAUGCGAUCAACACUGUUUAUGUAUAUGGACAAGAGAAAUACUUGUUGUUACAUGAUAUCUCCGAAUCAGAAUUCCUAACUGACGCUGAGAUCAUUUGUGAUGUUGUGUGCCUGGUAUAUGACGUCAGUAACCCCAAGUCCUUUGAAUACUGUGCUAGGAUUUUUAAGCAACACUUCAUGGACAGCAGAACACCUUGCUUAAUCAUAGCUGCAAAGUCGGACCUGCAUGAAGUUAAACAAGACUAUAGUAUUUCACCUGCUGAUUUCUGCAGGAAACAUAAAAUGCCUCCGCCACAAGCCUUCACUUGCAAUACUGCUGAUGCACCCAGUAAAGAUAUCUUUGUUAAACUGACAACGAUGGCCAUGUACCCCCAUGCCCGGUUACGCUGUAUGUGCACCUGCAACAGGUGUACAUUUUGCAUCUGUCAGAACUUCCUCAACUCAGACUUGCUGCAAUCUGUAAAGAACAAAAUCUUCACUGCAGUUCUUAACAGGCACGUGACACAAGCUGACCUCAAGAGCUCCACGUUUUGGCUUCGAGCAAGUUUUGGUGCUACUGUUUUUGCAGUUUUGGGUUUUGCUAUGUACAAAGCAUUGUUGAAACAGCGAUGAUUAAAAAAAAAAAUGCCCUACCAAAAACAAAUACUUUUAUGUAUUUAUGUAUGCUUUAAAUUCUGCUAGAAAUAUUGAGAUAUUUAUACAUGCAGAGUUACUUUAUUAAUAUUUGUAAUUCAUGCAUAAGAGUAUUUUAAUGAUAGUUAUAACUGCAGUAUUGGCUAGCAUAUGGAAAGAAAGAGCUUAACAGCCAAACUCAAAUGGCUAAAUUUCAGAGGCCAAAAGGGAAUAUUUUGUAAAUAAUGUACAUAUUCAGGCAAGAUAUGGUCUCCCAACCUGAAUUCUAGAAAUGAUGUUUCUAGAUGUUUCUACGUGGUAUUGUUAGUGUUCGGUUGGCUCACUCUCCUAGGUCUAAGUCAGCUCCGAGAUUGUAUUUACUCAUGGAUCACUUAUUUAUUUCACAUUUUACUCAGAAUGAUCCUUUGGGUUCUUUAAAGAACACGAGGCACAAUUUGCCAUUUUCUCUCCAUUUUUAAGAACGGAGGAGUCCUGGUCAGCUCACACCUCUCUUUCAGUCACUUGUGGUAGGCCAGCCUCGAAGCCGUCGUGCAGUCUAGAAAGUUGCCUAGCUGAGUGAAGUGCUUCUUGAAGGAAGGAGUGAGUUAAAGGCAGUUAGUGGGGGCGUGACCUAUAUGAUUAUGUUGCUUCCUUUGUCUGUAUGUAGAAUUUUAUAGCCCUUUCAAUCAAAUGAGAAAAAAGAUUUGUAUAUUAUCAAUGUUUUUAGUUUAAAUAAACAGUCGCCAUUACUACUACUGAAUUUCCUCCCCCAGUGUAUGUCAUUCUCUAACGGCGUGUCUAUGAUAGUGUCCUACAGUGGCUGCAUGUGUUGUAAAGUGUUCUCUAUCUGGCUAGGAUAACCCGGAGGCAGCACUUUUUUAAAUGAUAAAAUAAAUCCAACGAACAUAAACUCUCAUGAUAAACCUAUUUUUUUCCAUCAUCCACCUUUUCGAGUAUUUAAAUAAAUAACUGCUGUGUAC